UGGACUUCCGGAGUUGAUUAAAUUUGAUGCAUAAACUUCAACAUGUUUUUCAGAAUGCUGGGAAGGAUAUUACUGUUAGCUCUAGUGGCCCUCUCUCAAGCUACGGAUCCUUGCCCAAAGGGCCAUAUAUAUGAUGAAAUAACCAAAAAGUGCUACGCAUUCGUUCACGAUGCACUUAACUUCGUUGAUGCUAGCAAAGCAUGCCAAGAAAGAUUUGGCUAUGAGCUUAUUUCCAUUCAUGACAUGCAGCUCAAUCUAUAUGCACAACAAUUGUCUCAUGCUUUCUUUGACAAGGACUAUGGAUCAUUCUGGAUUGGAGGUACCAAAUGGGGCUAUGAUGACUGGCAUUGGACAGACAACACACCGUUCGACUUCCGGAAUUUUGCAAAAGGAAACAAUCCGCUCAAGUACUGCGCUCACAUGCGUAUUGCAGACGGACAAUGGAUUGUCGAUGAUUGUGAGCAAGAACUCCAUCAGGCAAUGUGCUUCGGUGAUCCAGGAGUCAAACCACCAGUGACAAAACCACCACCAUCACCAGAACCACCAGUGACAAAACCACCACCAUCGCCAGAACCACCAGUGACAAAACCACCACCACCAACAGAACCACCAGCGACAAAACCACCACCACCAACAGAACCACCAGUGACAAAACCACCACCACCAACAGAACCACCAGUGACAAAACCACCACCACCAACAGAGCCCCCAGCGACAAAACCACCACCACCAACAGAAACACCAGUGACAAAACCACCACCACCAACAGAGCCACCAGCGACAAAACCACCACCACCAACAGAACCACCAGUGACAAAACCACCACCACCAACAGAGCCACCAGCGACAAAACCACCACCACCAACAGAACCACCAGUGACAAAACCACCACCACCAACAGAACCACCAGUGACAAAACCACCACCAACAGAGCCCCCAGCGACAAAACCACCACCACCAACAGAACCACCAGUGACAAAACCACCACCACCAACAGAGCCACCAGCGACAAAACCACCACCACCAACAGAACCACCAGCGACAAAACCACCACCACCAACAGAACCACCAGUGACAAAACCACCACCACCAACAGAACCACCAGUGACAAAACCACCACCACCAACAGAGCCACCAGUGACAAAACCACCACCACCAACAGAGCCACCAGCGACAAAACCACCACCACCAACAGAACCACCAGUGACAAAACCAUCAUCACCAACAGAGCCACCAGCGACAAAACCACCACCACCAACAGAGCCACCAGCGACAAAACCACCACCACCAACAGAACCACCAGUGACAAAACCACCACCACCACCAGAGCCAUGCAGACCUGGAUGGCAUUACAACCCAGUGAACAAGUAUUGCUACAUAUUCUACCCUGAAGAUGAUUACAUGGAUAUUACCGUCUUCUACGAAUGUGCGAUUAAGAGUUCGAUCGAAAGCGCACAAGAAGAGGCCUUUGUACGAGGCAUACUGAAGUGGUACGAUCCAGCUAAGAUUUCCUGCAAGCUACCAUAUGGACGUCACUACUUUAUCGGAAGAAUCAAGGGAACGAAAUACGAAAAGAAUAACGAAUAUCACUGGACCCACUGCGGUGAAGAUCACUACUUCAACACCACUGAAUUAGUGGAGGGACCUAACUACGUUUUCAUCACGCCUUAUUACUGGAACUAUGAGAAGACAGUCGAUGCUUGUUUCUUCAUGUGCAAGAGGAAGAGCAUUUACCUCCUUUGAAGCAACAUAAGCAGCUUUCUAUCUGCUCGGACAAUGAAGCAAUCAACUGUCAAAACCCUAAGCAAAAUUAUAAACUCAUGUUAUUAUGAUCAUAAAUCUGUUAUCAAGCAACUCGAGGUGUUCC